AUGCCUCCAAUUUACAUUUUAAUCUAUGCUCACUCUGAUAACUACAGGGCGAGAAAUCACUUGUUCGACCAAAUCAUCAGUCUCCUUAACUCCAUGCCUGAGAUGAUCCCUUCUCACAUCAUAGCCGGUGACAUGAACUGCUGCUUCGACUCCACAAGUCAACGCUAUAAUCGCCAAAUUGGAAAGCCCAAAAGUUUCAUUGAAUUUUUGAACACUCACUUUUCAGAUUGCUUGAACCAACCAAAUCUACCGCAUGAUUACACUUUUAGACAUGGAUCGUCUCUUUCCACUCUCGACUAUAUGUUUGCAGGCCGCGAUGCUUUCUUCAAGAUGAGUGAUGGUGAUAUCAUAUUUCUCUCUCAAGAAUGGACAGACCAUGCCUUGUUAACCAAGACAUAUACUACCGGCAUGACUAACUGUGGUAAAGGUGUUUGGCGGGCCAACCCCUUUCUUGCGAAGAACCCUAUCUACGUCAAUAAAUUAAACACUGCUAUCUCUAACUGCGUUGAAACCAAAUUAGAUCCUAACCUAUCUGCUCAAGAAAAAUGGGACCUGAUUAAGAAGAAAACUAAGCAAGUUACUCAAAACUUCAGCCGUACUCACUGUUCAUGGAGGAAAGCUAAAAUCAAGAAGCUACAAAGUGAGAGGAACAAUUUGCUACGUAGGUACCGGGAUGACUCCGUCUGUCUCAAUAUUUUGCUUUCUCCUGUCGAAAAGGAGCUAUCCCAACUCCAACAAGAGAUAGUUGACGUCCAACGACUGAGAGCAGGACAGAGAUGGCACGAGAAGAGUGAAAGGUCUCCAGGUUACAUCAAGCAAACAUUAGCGGAAAAGGCAUCCAAGCGAACAAUCUCUAGCCUAAAGCAUCCUAAUUCCGGGGAACAAUGCUGGGAAACUAGUACUAAACUUGAUGCUGCCAAAGUCUUUUACCAAGACCUAUACACCGAGGAAGAAAUUGAUCUCAACUGUGUGGAAAGAAUGCUACAAUAUAUCGACAAAACAAUUCCAGCUGAGGACUCACAGGACAUCAUUGAAGACAUACCUUACGAAGAUAUCAUUCAAGGAUCUCAAAGAACGCCAAAUGGUAGUAGUCCGGGCCUGGAUGACAAUGCACGUGAAGCAAGAUGGAACAAUUCUGAAGAAUUUGUCGAAUAUGCUGGGAUUAUGCUGGACAACGCCAAAGCGUGCGAUAGGGUACUUCCCCAGUAUAUAUCCAAGGUCCUAGUGAAGUUUGGUUUUCCAAAACAGUUUGUCCAAUGCAUCUGCAAGCUAUUCUUCGACAACUCAAUUUACGUGAAUGUCAAUGGCUUUUUAACAGAUCCUAUCGAGCAAAGACGCGGCAUCAUACAAGGAGACAGUAUAUCACCAAUGUUGUUCAACUUGGCUAUCGAACCAUUUCUGCUAUCUGUGACCAAAAGUACAACUAUCUCUGGGUAUAGUCUCCAACACGUCAAGCCUAUAAGCAAGAGAACAAAUAGUUGGGUAGCUCCUCCUCCAUUGAAAGUACUCGCAUAUGCGGAUGAUGUCCUGACAUUCGUCAAGUCUCGGACUGAACUUCUUGAUCUGUAA